AUGUUGUCGGAAGAGGGUCCCCAUACGUAUCGCGUUGUUGCGAAGCCGUUGCGGAGCGGAAGCGGAAGCGGAAGCGGAAAUGCCGGAUUGGAGCGAUUCAUGCAGGCUCAGAGGUGAGAUUUUGGGGAAAAAAUUUGAAUUUGAAUUUUUUCGCGCCAAAAUAGCCUAGGCUUGUUUAGGCGCAUUUUGAAGCCCAUUUCGAGCCCGAAAAGCCUGGUGCCACGUGGAAAUCUGAAAUUUUGAUCUGAAAUUAAUUCCAGAAUCGAUCUGCAACAACGUCACGAGCAAAUCUUCAACGAACACGCUCUCGACAAGCUGGCCAAGUGGGAAAAGCUCAAAUCGAAUUUCUCGGGCCCCCGGGCCCAGGCCCGGGCCAGGCCAACAACAAAAAAUUCAUCUUUGAAGAGGAGCUCGCGGCCUACAAGCGCCUCCGGUUCGAAUCAAAAAAUUCGAAAUUGCUGGAGGCCGUCUUCAAGGGCAUUACAGUACGCCACGUGGCACGCGCCACAUUUGGCGCCAAAAUAUUUUUCGAAUUCCCCCUGGAGAACGCGACGAGCGAACCGAUGAAUGUGACGGUGGAGAUGGAUGA